AUGAUGACCAACGUGGAAGCCGAAAGCAGAAGCAAGCCCAGUCGUCAAGUCUGGCGACAGGCGGUUAUAGCACACAUCAACCUUAGCACUGUCACCAGACAGAAGCACCAUAAAGAGGAGCAAGAGAGACCUGCCACUCCUAAUCAGGUGGCUUACAACGAGCAAGAUGUCGUCGAGCCGGCCCCGGUCCACCUUGACGGCACUUUUGCAGCCAUCUUCGUCGAAAAUCUGGAGACCGUAGCUGAAGAGAUGGGUAUUCUGCAUCCAAACGCCAUGGAUUCAAACGACCUCUCCACUAGCGAAGAUAUGUACGAUUCAAUUCCCAUAACCCAGCCAGCGGUCCUUGGUCAGUCCAGUGUUUCUAGCGGAGCCUAUCUUGUCUCGCCUUCGGCCAGCCUGUUGGUCGACCUAGACUACGGAUACAACCAAGCGAACGAAAUACAGCACCAGAAUUCCGUGCCCCAGUUCGACGCACCCGGCAGCUCAAACGGAGAACGAUCUGAGCAGACAUCCGAGUCCUCUUCGCAAUGGUUCGCUAGAUUAUUCCAUACAUAUCAGAACCCUAGCGACCAAAACCAGUCGCCCUUCACUCGCCACACUUCAACUGCGCAACAUAAGGAGUCUCAUUCAAGCCGCCUUCUCGACGAGCGUUGUACAUGGAACAACCUCGAUGAUCGAUCAGAACAGGUUGAGAACUCAAGCAACGAGGGCUUGGUUCCUCCCCAUAAUACGCCAGUUGACUCUGGAGACGUCAGCUCCGUCAACACACCAGCUCCAGCCCCAUCGUUGGAUCGCGGUCCGAGUAUCCGGCUUCAAAAAGCACUGGCAGAAGACCAAGAGGCCUGGGAACCCCUCAAGAAGCCGAUCAACGAGCUCGUCGUGUCUAGCGAACCGCUCCCCCCAUCUGGUACCCAGAACAGCCUUCUUCAAGCGGCUGAACGAGCGGGCGUCUGGCGUAACGACUUGGGUAUUUUUUUUGCGGAAGAAGAGAGGAAAAAGUUGGUACAGAACAAGUAUGAUAGUGAGGUGAACCUGGUACGACGUCUUCGGGCAGGCCUUGAGACGAAGAUCGAGAAGAGGCCCUGUUACCUGCUUUGGCUGGAAGAGAGGCACCAGCUCUCGACGGAGCGGAUGUUGACGUCAGCUACGACACGUCUUGCGGAUUACGCGGAGGGGUACAAGGCGAUUAGUCUGAGAGAAUUGUGUCGGAAGCGCGGACAUCUUGGUGAUUCCCAUGGGCAGGUGCCCGUCUGA